GAGCUAUUGAUCUUUUUUCUUCAUCAAUCUGGUGUGAUACACAAGACGCUACGGCAAAACAACCCAAGGACUAUCAGCACAAGCAAGCAAGUUUAAUGUUCACAUUCGGAGAGGAGUCCAAGAAUUUUUCUGUUAAAGUUCGAGAUAACAAUAUAAUUGAGAACAGCAAAACAAUCAGAGUAAAUUGUUCCAUAAACGACAAAAGUAUGCAAUUGGUGAAGUCUUGCAGUGCAAUGAUCGACAUCCAAAAUGACGAUUAUCGAGUGUAUUUCUGUCCUUCCUACAACACAAAUGUACAAGAAAAUGCAGGAUUCUAUAUAAUCAACCUCUGUCGAGUCGGAUACAUUGGUGUUAAAAGUUUGUUAAGACUAUGUCGAACAGCUGAUACAAGCCAGUCACAGUAUGAUUUCCCAUCGAUCACAGCUGGUUGUGACGUCAUAACCUUUCUGGCCAAUGAAAGGACGAAAGAACAUAAGAUUGCUAUUAUCGAUGACAAGUGGGGAGAGGAAGAGAACAAGACUUUCACGAUUUCACUGAAAAGUGAUGAUAACAGUGUGACGUUCAAUGGAACAACAAGCUAUGACGUCACUAUUCACGAUGAUGACACAACUUUUUUCUUCAAUGACGUAAAAAGUCUUGCUGUACAAGAGAAUUUUCGGGAGUUACGUGUAGCUAUAGGAAGGCUUGGUAGAGUAUCCCAGCCAUCUACUAUAAGGAUUGGAUUCAUUUUUAUUACCGCUACAAAAGCUGACUGCCAGGGAUCGAACGCUCGCAAUAUUGAAUUCAAAGCCAACGAAAUCGUGAAGAAUGUCACUGUAUGUACUGUGGUCAACAACAGAACGGUGAAUGCUAAUAAAACCUUUAAGAUCAUGCUUUUAAACACGAAAAGCAGCAAUGUUCGUCCCGAGAAAUCAGAAAUUGAUGUUACGAUACUAAAUGAUAACGCGCGAGGGAGGCUUCAAUCACAGCAACAAUCUAAUGAAGUUCUURGUGUCGCAGAGAAAACUGGUUUGGGUGCUGGCGUCUUUAUCGUUGUUAUCAUUGUAGUAGUUCUAGUUGUUCUGUUUAAGCGAACGUUAAAGAAACAAAGAAAUGAGAAUGACCGGAUUGAUGCACCUUAUUCAGCCGAUAACUCAAGSUAUGAGAUGGACAGGAUAACACAAAGUGGACCAACAAAUAUUUCAGUUUGCCAAGAUUCGCCACCUAUUGAAGAAGACUGGGAAAUAGACGCUGUGCAUGUAAWGUUCCUUGAAGAAAUUGGAAAAGGAGCAUUUGGAAAGGUCUUCAAGGCCAUUGUUCGACAGCCCGCGCCCACCACAGAAGAAGUCAUACUUUCUAAACUAAAAGGAACUUCGAUGGAGAGAAAACAAAGCAGCAAGAAUCAUUUGGUUGUGGCAGCCAAAACUUUACAUGAUUGCUUCAGGAAUGGUAAGUAUUAUAAGAUGUAA